CGCCCGGUUUGACAGUUCAAUUGCCGGUAAACAGCUGUUUUGUUUUGCAUGUGCAUGAAUAGCUUAUUUUUAUUUCAUAAAUGAAACAAAAGUGAUUUCUAUAGAAAUAUUGAUUCUUUUGGGUUUUAAUUGAUUAACUGCAAUUGUUUCAUUAAUUAAGGAGGAGGAAAGGAGAGGUAAAAUGUCGCCUCUAACCGGAAAGCGAAUUUAUUUUCGGGCCAAAAAUCCGAAUCCAUUGUUCACGGAAUGGCUGGAAUAUUGGGUGAAACAAGCCGAAGAGAAGGAUUCAAUGAAAAAGUACGCAUUGGCUAAGGCAUUGGAAUCACUCAAGAAAUAUCCGUUGGUGUUGUAUACAGGGCGUGAUUGUGCCAUUUUAGAAGGAUUCGGUAGUGGUAUUUGUUCAAUGAUUGACAAACAAUUGCAAGUGUACAGAGAUACAAACCCUGGCCGACUACUCGAUGAACAACAAAUGGAUGUGAAGGAAAAAAGUAUUAUUCUCGACGUAAAAACCGCUUUUGAAAAGAAACGAGCCAAACGGAAUCCAAUCAAGGAUUUUAAGGAGAAACUCGAUGAUACUCUUGAAGCACUUCUUAAUGACAAUGCAUUUGACGAAGAUAUUUAUAUGAUACCUCCUGUGAUGACACAACCAAUCCCUCAGAUGGACUUCAUGCCGGAAAAAGUACGUCUUGGAAGUUGUACAUUUAAAAUUAUCCUAUUGGUUGACACACAAGAAACGGCUGGUAAAUCAAAGCGACAGCUUGACACAACGCUAAAGGCGCUGGAGCAAAGAAAAGUGAACUUUGAAGUUCGUCGACUCUCGGUUGGCGAUUUCCUGUGGAUUUGUCGCGAUGAAACGAACAAAGAGCACGAACUUGUUCUGCCUUAUAUCAUUGAACGCAAACGCAUGGACGAUUUGGCUAGCAGUAUCAAAGAUGGUCGAUUCCAUGAGCAAAAGUUUCGUCUAUCCGAUUGUGGACUGCAUAACAGAAUCUAUAUGAUCGAGAAUCGAGGAAACAAUACACAUGUCGGUCUUCCACUGACGAAUCUGCUGCAAGCCACAACAAACACAUUGGUUCAAAAUGGAUUCAUAGUAAAGUUCACCGAUUCCAAUGAAAAUUCCAUGUUUUAUCUGUCGGUCAUGAGUAAUUUAUUGAUCAAAAUGUAUGCGAAAAAAGAUUUGGUACAUUCAACAAAGACUGAAAUUGAUCGUUUGCCCGCUAACUACUAUAGCGACUUAGACGCAAAAUCCGAAGUGGAAUUGAUAGAUUUCAAGGAAUUUUCGAAGAGUACGGGAAAAAUGCGGAAUUUUACCAUUCGUGAUAUGUUCAAUCGUCAAUUGGUCUCAUUGAAAUCUCUGUCGAUCGACAAAGCAUUGGCAAUAACCGAAAUUUAUCCAACACCACGAAGCCUUAUUUCAGCCUAUGACCGAUGUUUUGAUGAAAAAGAAGCGAUGAAUCUUCUAGCUGACAUUUCGUGCGGCAAACUGAAGCGACCACUGGGCACAACAAUCAGUCAAACUAUUUAUAAGCUCUUCAAUGCAUCAUCAUAUGAAUAAAAAACCAUCGAAUGAAAUUCAUUGUCAAUAAAUUUGUUUGUGUUUCUGUCGCCGUGCAAACCGAAGAGGUGCGGCGAAUUCGCCCACUCUGACGUUUGAUGCACGUGAAUACCCUUGACAGUUUGU